AGAUAUAUUUCAUUCUUUGCGUAUGCCUCGACGUCACACAUACCACUGUAACAAUGUCUACCCUUCAAGUGAUGAUCGAUUCAUAACAAGCUUUGUUUGGAGGUGAGGCAGGCUCUCACCCAAUCAACCAUGAGCAACCCACACCAGGAUCUCGUCUCGGAGAUGACCAUCGAAGAAAUCAAAAUCGAACCCGAGGACGAGGAGCAACCGGACGGCGAAGAUGAACAGCAGCAGCAGCAGCAGGAGGAGGAUGAGGAGCAGCUUUUGGAAGCGGCGAAUUCCGCCUUCGGCGUUACAAAGUGCGACAAGUGCCACCGAUUCUUCGACUGCACACGGGGCAUCAAAAAUCACGUGUUACGUUGUAAGGGUGUCGACCCGGACGCCAAGCCGGAGUAUCAGUGCGAAAUUUGUUCCGUGUCGUUCAAAUUUAGAAAUGCGCUGGUGGCCCAUCGGAACAAACAUGAAGGGAUCAAACCGUACAAGUGUCAGGAAAAAUGUGAUAAGUACUUUCACAGCACUUCGUUGAGAACUACGCACGAGAAAAAGUGUCGUAAAGGGGAGCAGCAGAUUUGCCCAUUUUGCAACGCGAAGCUGUCCAACGCAAACACGCUGGCAAGACAUAUGAGCUCCGAGCAUUCUGAUGCGAAGCAUGAGUGUAACAUCUGUGGGAAGAUUUUCGCUAAAAACUACAAGAUGUUGUUACACCAACGAACGAUGCACUCAAAUGACGAGCCCAAAUAUUUCUGCGAGGUGUGUGGCAAGGGCUUCAAGGUGGCCCGAGUUUUGCGGCAACACAUGGGCCGUCACAUGGAGGAAAAGCCCUUCCGGUGUGAACUGUGUAACGCCGGAUUGUCCAGCAAACUUUCUCUCAAUAGCCAUAUGAAAUUCACCCAUGGGAAAGCCACGCUGCAGUGUCAAACCUGCGGAAGUGAGUUCAAGACUAACUACUCCCUUUCUGUGCACCGUCGAACGGUACACAAUGAGGUCAUCCCUAAGGGCAAAAAGAUCGAGCAACCGGUCAUGGUCGAUAUCAAGACAGAAGUUGGCGAAGAGGACAGCAAGGAUUCCAAAGAAAUGUUCCUGGCGGUUACCGAGUGUGAAACGUGUCACCGGUUCUUCGAUAGCAAGGAGGGAAUCGUCAGUCACGUGCUCUCGUGCAACGAGCUGAACGAGUCUCCCGAUUCGUUGUACAUGUGCCACAUCUGUACGGUAUCGUUCAGAACUCCACUCCUGUUGGCAGCUCAUCUCCAGGAGCACAAAGACGAAAAACUGCUCAAAUGUCGAGUCGUGUGUGAAAAGUGGUUCUACGACCGCGAGAAGCGGGACAACCACGAGAAGGUUUGUCGCCGGGACAAGUAUUCCUGCCUGGUGUGCGAUUCAAGGCUGGCCAACCACCGGGCCCUGUGGAAGCACAUGAACACGGUGCACGCGGAAGCUCGGCACGAGUGCGAAACGUGCGGGAAGAAGUUCAAUAGAAGGACCAACAUGCUUGCUCAUCAGCGUCUGAUGCACUCGGAAAAUGCACCGACAUUUCCCUGUGAGGUGUGCCAAAGGGUUUUCACCCAAGCGCGGAAGCUUCGGAAGCACAUGGAAAAGCACGUGAAACCGGAACCGAAUGAGGUUUUGUCCAACAUUUCAUGAAAAUGUGAAAUAUAAAAGUAUGAAAAUAUAAUAAAAUACCCUACA